AUGGCCAUAGAAGUUCAUUACCAUGUUAGAUCCAUUAGCUUGCCUUCUAGGCUACAUCCAUCAUUACCCAAGAUUGAAAAAGAGUUGAAAAGGCUAAAGACAUGGGAUGCCUCAUCUCAAUCACAGGCCUCAACUGACACAACAAGCUCUUUGCAAACAGUGGCUAUCAAAGCAAGUCUAGCAGGGCUUGUAGAGUUGUACAAUUGUGUACAUGAACUCAUUGGUAGCCCACAAACUCAACAGGCUCUUCGACGCCAUGAAGGAAAGCAUGUAGAGAAGCCACUUGACAUGUCCAUUGGCUUGCUUGAUAUUUGUGGAUCAACAAGAGAAUUGUUGUUAUUGAUGAAGGAACAUGUGUUGGACCUUCAAUCAACCCUUCGUAGAAAGGGUUUGGAUUCAAGUAUCAAUAGCCAAAUUUGUGCUUACAUUUGUUUUAGGAAGAAGGCAAGGAAAGACAUCUCUAAAAAGCUCAAAGCAUUGAAGACAAUGGAAAAAAACAACUCUAAAUCAUACCCUCCUUUAGAUGUAGACCACCAUCUACUAAUGGUGAUCAAUGUUUUAAGUGAAUUAAGUACUAUCACCAUCUCAUUCUUUAGAAAACUCUUACUUUUUAUGUGUGCCCCGGUAUUCAAGAAAAACACUAGUGGGUGGUCAUUGUUCUCCAAAAUGGUUUCCACUGAAUCUGACAAAGAAACGAGGAUCAUCAAUGAGAUGGGAGAUGUUCAUGUUAUUCUUUGCUCAUUCCAUAAACGUUUUAGAAAAAAUGAAGCAAAAUUUGAUGUACAAAUAGUGAAGAGGAGAUUAGGGGAAUUAGAGGUGAACAUUAGAGAGUUGGAGGUGGGAUUAGAUUACCUCUUUAGGUGUUUGAUACAACAAAGAGUAUCACUUCUUAAUCUUCUCACACCCUGA